CCGGAGUCGAAGGAAGCCCCCGUUGUGGUCGUAGAAGAAUCUUCUCCUCCCAAGCCUUCGGGUCAGGCAACUGAUCUGACAUGGCCCCUGGACAAAGUCCAAUUUUCCAUUACGAAGGGGACUGCUAUCAUGCACGGGACCCUGAACCCGAAGGAGUUUUUGAGGGGUGCCACCCCUCCGACCGAUAAGUCCGUGCUCUCCCGUCAGGCCGACGAUGUCCUCUGCUCCAAGGUUCUGAUGGCCUCGGUUACGGCGAGCCUUGGCCUUGGCGAGCUGGUCCAGAGGAUAGAACAGCAUGACUCAGAGAAGAAGAAGGCCGCUGAAGCACUGGCCGAGGCCCGAAGGCAGCUCAAGGAGGUCGAGGACGCUCGCAAAGCUGAGCAAGAGGCUUUCAAAGACAUCCUCGAGGGCUCCAAGACGGUGGCCAGGGCCGAAGGUAAAGCAGAGGC